AUGGAUCACCGUCCGCAAGCCUGGGGUCGACCCAGAGAUGACGUAUACGGCAGCUACGAUGCCUCCUUUAUGCAAUCCAAUACUGGACCCAAGCAAAGCACCCAGCAGCCUAUUGUGACGGGAACGUCGGUCAUAGCCGUCAAGUUCAAGGACGGCGUGGUCAUCGCCGCCGAUAACCUGGCAUCGUACGGCUCCCUCGCACGAUUCACCGACGUCAAGCGCCUUCGCCCCUUUGCCAACACAUCCGUCGUCGGUUGUUCCGGGGACGUCUCUGACAUGCAGUACCUCGAUCGCCACCUCACCGAUCUCGCCCUCACCGAGGCCUACGACUCCCCCGACAAACCGCGGCUCUCGGCCGCCAAUCUUCACCGCUAUCUCUCCAAACUCCUCUACAGACGCCGCUCCAAGUUCGAUCCGCUCUGGAACCACCUCCUCGUCGCCGGCCUCGACGACGAGGGCGAGCCAUUCCUAGCGGCCGCAGAUCUCCUCGGUUCCACCUACUCCGCCCCCAGUCUCGCCACAGGCUUCGGCGCCAUGCUCGCCCAACCCAUCAUGCGACGCUACGUCCCGGACGAGGAUUCGGCCAAGAAAUUGUCUCGCGAAGAGGCCAUCGACAUCGUCAAGGAAUGCAUGAAAGUUCUCUUUUACCGCGACGCCAGGAGCUUGGACGUCUAUUCCAUCGCCGUCGUCACGAAGGACGGCGUUGACAUCAAGACGGACGAGCAGCUCGAGAAGCAGAGCUGGGCCUUUGCCGAGAGAAUCAGAGGCUACGGCACCCAGACGGUCUGA